AGAUUUUAAUGAUGGCAAUCUUUAUUUAAAAAAAGUCGUCUACACGUCAUCUCGGUGUGUUGGCUGUCAAGUUUGCAAAUUGUGAUUAUUUUAUGAUAUUUGAGAAAUUUAAAGCUAUAUCAAAAUGGUGCUCAUUGCGGCAACAGUAUGUACGAAGUCAGGAAAAGCUCUGGUUUCACGUCAAUUCGUCGAAAUGACGAAGGCACGUAUCGAGGGUUUACUUGCUGCCUUCCCAAAGCUCAUGACUGGGGGGCGACAACAUACAUUUGUAGAAACCGAGUCUGUCAGAUACGUAUACCAACCGUUGGACAAGUUGUACAUGUUACUGAUUACUACUAAAGCCAGCAAUAUCCUGGAAGAUCUGGAAACACUGCGACUGUUCAGCAGAGUGGUACCUGAAUACUGCACCCAGUUGACAGAGGCUGAAGUACUGAACCAAGCUUUCAACCUGCUGUUUGCUUUCGACGAGAUUGUGGCUCUCGGGUACAGGGAGAGUGUCAACUUGGCACAGGUUCGCUCCUUCGUCGAAAUGGACUCCCAUGAAGAGAAGAUCUAUCAAGCUGUGCGCCAGACACAAGAGCGCGAAGCCGCUAACCGCAUGCGGGAGCGAGCCAAGGAGCUGCAGCGCGAGAGACUGGAGGCCGCCAAGCGAGGCGUGCCCACGCGCAGCCAGAUGGCAUUCGGAAGCAGUUUCAGCAGUUCAUCGAUGUCUUCAUCAGCGGUGUCAGAGCCAAUCGCUGAAAAGAUUCCCACCACACCUGCGCGUGAGACUGCUCGUCCGGCGGGUCGUUCUGCCAUGAAGCUGGGUUCCCGCGGCACGGACGCGGAGUCGUUUGUAUCGCGCCUGCGCAGUGAGGGCGAGGCGGUGCCUGCGCCCGCGCCGCUGCGCCACGACACGCCCAAGCCAAAGCCCACUGAUCAUAAGGAUGUACACUUGCGUUUCGAAGAGCGCUUGACUUUGGUGGCCGGACGCGAUGGUGACGUACAAAACUUUGAACUUAGCGGUCUGCUGACUCUUCGCAUCAGUAACGAGCAGUUCUCUCGUAUACACGUCCAUGUUGACAACCAGGAUACAAGGCCACUGCAGUUGCAGACGCAUCCGAACGUAGACAAAGAAGCGUUCCGGUCUGUCGGCGUGAUCGGCCUGAAGCAGAGCCAGCGAGCCUUCCCCCUCAACAGCGACGUCGGCGUGCUCAAGUGGCGCCUCAACGCCAGCGACGACAAGCUGGCGCCGCUCUCAGUGAACUGCUGGCCGUCAGAGGGCGCGGGCGGCGGCUGUGACGUCAACAUCGAGUACGAGCUCGAGCACGAACAUCUCACGCUCACCGACGUCAACAUACAUAUACCGCUGCCGUCCGGCAACACUCAGGUGGUGGUCCAUCAGUGGGAAGGCAGUUACUCGCAGAAGGGCCGCACACUGCUGUGGACUAUCCCCAUCAUCAACAAGCAACAGAAGUCUGCCAGCCUCGAGUUCACUGUUACCCCGGCGGUACCGAACGACUUCUUCCCCCUGACGGUGACCUGGACAUCAGACACCUCGCUCGCACUCCUCAAGGCUACGAAGGUAACGCAUGCGGAAGAUAAUUCACCCGUCGACUACUCCCAAGAAAUCAGCUUCCACCCAGAUAAGUAUGAAAUUGUGUAAAAACGUCUAUAUAAGACUCAAUAUUCUGAAAAUCUUGAAACUAGCUGUUGUCUGUAAAUACCUCCCACGCCUGCAUAUAAAGUAGCAUAUCCAAAGUAAUAUUAUAAAUGCGAAAGUAACUCUGUCUGUCUGUCUGUUACGCUUUCACGUCUAAACCACUGAACUGGUUUUAAUACAAUGUGGUACAGAGAUAGAGUUGACAUUGAGAAAGAACAUAGGAUAGUUUUUAUCCCGGACUUUUGAAAAAUUCUCUUGGAAACGCCAUAUAACCGAACUCUACGCGGGUGAAACCGCGGGCGGGAGCUGGUAUAGGCUAUAUUUUAUCCAGGUGUGGGAAAAUGGGUUCUAACCGCUGGGCGACAGCUAGUGCAUUAUUCGGAUAACUUUAGGACUUUGAGUUAUGUAUAACCUGUAUUUAAGAAAUAAUAGUUAUUGUUAUUUGAAUCUGGUUUGAAAUCAUGGCGAUGCUAAUGUCUUCUAAAUAUCUUCAAGUUGAGUGAUAUUCUUGCUAAAAACGGAAUUAUUCUCAAAUAAACUAAAAAAUGAGACAAUAUUUCAGAGAUGUUUUCACUAAAAUGUGUCUUAUAUCACAGCAAUAAAGUUCAUUUUUUACCGCCAAAACAUGACUAAAACUGAUUCAAAUAAGAUGUCGUAUAUUAUUUAGUGUUAAUUUAAAAACUAUAUCAAUAAAAUGUAAUUAAUAUUGUUAGACUAUCUUUGAUUUUGUAUUACAACUUAUUAUGUUAUCUAACAUUCCUGUAUAUGUGUGCCACUAUGUUUCAUUUAGAGAAAGUUUCUCAACUUCAGAUAUAUGUAUAGUUCUCGCCAAACUUAAAGGCGGCUUGCAACUAACUUCCGACCACAAGUACACUUGGUCGAACUUAACAGUUCACGUCACAUAUCUUUGCUAUUCUGAAGUUUGGCGUUUGACAUAGUUCAUAGUUUUUUUGGACGAUUGUGAAGUCAAUAAUAGCUAACUUCGGACGAGCUAAGUUGUUUGAAAAUAUCUGUAAGAACAAUGAGGAAGGAGGAUUCAAAUAGCUAACUUCAAGGCAGAGUUAAUUGGCAUGAUCUAUAUUUAGAUCCAGAUUAUUUCUUAUGUUGAACAUUUUCUGAGUCACUAUCUAAAAUCUGGCGUUGGUGAAAUCGACUUAUAAAAUUCAUGUUUGAAAAUGUAAUUUUAAGUACCUAAGUUAGCAAAAACUUUAAUCUAUUUUAUAAUACAAUAUGCCGUUUGAUAAGCUCGCCUAACCGAUAUGGUUUGCGUAUUAUUGUAAAAUUUUAUGAAAUAAAAACAAUAUAAAACUAUA